AUGGGGAAGCCAACGCUUCUUCCUUCGAAACUGAUUAGCCAGCACAGUCGGUCUUGCACUUUGAAGCCUGGCCGCUGCGGGUUGUGUCAUUGGCACAAGGAGAAGGACAGCUGGCGGAAGCGCUUGCGGAAUGCGAAAUGGCUGCAAGUGACUUUGAAAGGGAAAGUGGCAAGGGUGGGCUGUGCAGCUUGUGCUGCUUUUGACGCUGGAGGCCCCUGGGCGAACUUUGACUUAAAGCCGACAGCUUUGAGACUGCACUGCUUGAAGCGGCAUGAAGACUCCAAGGGUCACAAGUUGGCAGAGCAAAGCUUCCAGCAUGGGACGAACUCGCGGGUAAAUCUGUUGGCGCCGCCUCUGUCGGAGUUCCGGGACGCUUGGACAAAGAUGCAACAAGGUGGAAGUUGCAGAGAUGGAGGUGUGUCUUCCGACAAGAAGACCAACAUACGCUGGUCCAUUUCCGAGGCAAUACUGGACAUGAAUCGUCGCUGGCUGAAAACAGCAGAAGUAAUUGCUCUCUUGAGGGACGAGCGUAAAGGCAGGCUUCUGAUAAGGUUCCGAGCAUGUCUUCCAGACCUGAGGGUCGUUCAGGGAGUGCUUGGCCUUAAGCCCACCGAAGGCUUUUCCGAAAGCUUGGCCAACUGCACUGUCGAAGCCAUCCAUGAUUUGUGCCAGCCGAUGCUCCACCCUCCCCGUUCCUGCCUUGACCCGGAGCUUCCAGCAUACGAUGACUCGGUCGAGAAGAGGAUCCGCGAGCGGACUACCAUUUUGGUAACCGAUGCAGCUUCUGCGGAGCAGCUGGCGUCCAAUGUCUUGCGAGGCAAACGCCCAUCUGCACUGACAGGUGAAUGUGAAAAGGAGCUGCCGCAUGUUAAGAUAGUUGGCCGUGACAUUGCGCAUGCGAGCACCCGCUUGCUGAAGAGACCUUUCCAAAAGCACGCUGAGCUAGAGGCUAUAAUGGAUGAGUUCAUCUCAGGAAAGGACAGCUUCUGUCAAAAGGUGCAGCAUAGUCCACUGUACACCAAGUGGUGGAAUGAAAUUCUUGAAAAAGAUGGGAAGGGUACAGAAGAAGGAGGAACUGGAGCCAGCAUGGCUGCUGCGAAGCAUCGCUUCGGAAGCUAUGCUCAUCCCCUGUCACGGGUGACAAAAAACAUGAGGUGUGUGCUGACCCUCUUGCAUAAGAUUGCAUUGCUUCGGGAUUCGUCAGGCCGUUGGGCGUCCCAGAUUCUGACACAUUUUUCUGGCUACAAAGCUUUCCUGCUUUCACUCUGUGCAGAUGCCGCGGCAACGUCCAUGGACUUCACUCGCUUCUGCGACGACGAGCAGAGCGACAUCUCCCUUCUCAACACCAAAGCGCAGCAGUUUCUCUUGAGCACUCACGCAUUGUUUCUUCAGGAAGAGGCAUUCACUUUGCCUACCUUUGCAAAAGAUUUGCUGGAUUCUUGCACACGGGCCCCUUUCAGCAUUCUCAUUGCUGGACAGGCAAGAGAAGUGCGAGUUCGAGACUGUGACAAGCGUCGGGCUAUGAACGAAUGGGUGUGUGGGGCAGAAGCAACUCUGAAGGCCGAGUUUCCGUCGUGGCACCUCAUUGGCGCUUUUGAUGUCUUUCAUCUCGGCGGGAGCAUGAGUGACAGCGACAAGCGCACUGUAGAGAAGAGUCUGGCGCGUCUGGCGUGCGCCUUCGGGGUGAACCUGGCAGACCUGACGCAACAGUAUGUUGCAAUCCUGCCUAUGGCCCAGGCAAUGAAGAAGAAGACAGGACAAGACAAUCGCACGGCGUGGGCGAACGUUUUGUUGCGCAUACGAGAUUCUCGUCUCAAGGGGAAAUAUCCUCAAGAUGCUUUAUAUCGCGCAGAUACGGACCGAAGGGUCUGUGCUGCCAUGGGGUGCACUCUGGACCAAGCGCCGGAAAAGGAAAUGCUGCAGGAAGCUCGAGCCAUCUACACACGGCUGAGCCAAAGCGGCAAGUCCCGGUCUUCUGAGGGCAGGAGGAAGCGGUUAGAUUUCGGUCGCAAAGGUCCAAUGAGACCGUCAUCCCACAAGAACUGGAUGCGAAAACGAAAGGAAGCUGUGGAGGAGGCUGCGGCUCAGUUGAUUACGCCUCCCCGGAAGAUUUCUUCACAUGAUUUGCCUGAAAGUUCUCGAAAAGAAGUGGAGCAACAGAGUCGAUUGGAGAAGAAGCGAAAAGCUGAGGCUUAUUCUGAUGGCUUGCUUUUGAACUCCGAGGUGACAGAAGCAGUAGUUGCUGAGGCUCAGAAACAAAGGAAAGCAGACGCUUCCAAUGACCGGGCUCGCAAGUCCAAUUUUCACAGCAGGCACGCUGCAGUGGAAGCCAGCAUCACCAAGAAGACUGUGGCAUGGGCGCUGAAGGGAUUGCCCAGCCCGGCUUUAAACACUGACGCGGCGAAGGAUCUGAGGCAAGCGUCUCUUUUGAUCAUACCGGACAUCAACACGAUCCCUCGGAAGCAUCAACUCAUGGCAGCCUUGUUCGGUAAGGUCAUUUUGUCUGCGGCAAUUCUUGACGGUGGAAACGGAGUGAAACUGUCAUACAGUGCUGGAAGUCAGCUUGGUGUGUUCGUUUACGUGACUGAUGGAUUUCGAAAUCAAGAGCCUGGCUUGACCAUGAUUUUGCGCGAAGCGUGCGCUCAUGGGUGGAAGGCUGUGACAAUGAAUGACUUGCAGGCUCGGAGCAAAGGGCCCAAGAAUUCCUGCUUGCUCUUACGGGCAAAAGGGGAGGCACUGAAUCUGGGCAAGUCCAGGAUUCAGUGUCUUGAUGGCAAUGAGCUAGUUGCCUGGGCUGCUCAGAAAUUUGUAGAUGUCAAGUCAAGUGCCUGGAUCAGCACUGGCACAGCUUGCGGGGGACUUUGA